AAACAAAAAUUUGCAAUCUUGUGUUUCAGUUCCCUGGMUUUAGUACUUUUUUAUCAACUUUCUUUACAACUGGAACCCAAGACUCUAGAAAACAUCUGCAAUGAACUUGUUUACUUUGCUGAAAAAUACCGCUUUCUGGAGCCCUCGUGGUUUCAUGUUAUGAAACCCUUACCUGUUAAUCUAACAGCAAAUUGUAAAGUCAUUCUUUUAUACACGCCAUACUUUAGGUCAAUGCCUUGGUCUCAGACGAAAGGAAUGGAGUUCAACCUGAAAGGACCUUCCGGUCGGCCAUGCAAAGUGUCGAGUUGCUGUAUCUCGUACUCGCGUAAGGAUCUACACAGAAGUGACGCUGUAUUAUUCCACGAYCRGUCACAUCUUAUGCCGUGGGCGAGCGAACUUAGAGACCUUGUGCAUCAUCGAMAAAAAGGACAAAAAUGGGUUUGGAUGACAGAGGAAAAUCCCGUGAACUCGGAUCAGGCUCAAAUCUCAAAGUUAAACAACAUUAUARAUAUUACAAUCACUUAUCAUMGAAAAUCGACUAUCCGCAGCCGCUAUGGACAUUAUUUACUAGAUACAAAGACUUCUCGAGUAAAGCAAGUUGAAAAACAACUCAAAGAAAACGCAUUUUCGUCCGGAAAGGACCGCUUGGUUUUAUGGUUUGCCAGCAAUUGCGUGACACCCAGAUUAGAUAUCAUAAAAAGUAUAGCAAAGUACAUCCAAGUGGAUGUGUUUGGCGGUUGUAAGAAAUACUUUUAUAACCAAAGAGCAGGCCAUUGUGGUAAAUACAGUUCCGAUUGUCUUGCGUUGGCCAAACGCUAUAAAUUUUACCUGGCGAUUGAAAAUCAUCAAUGUGAGGAUUACGUUACAGAGAAAUAUUGGAGGAACGCUUUGUCACGCAAUCUUGUCCCGGUYGUUAUUGCCGGAAAGUACAAUAAAGACAUCAUGAUACCUGGUUCGUAUAUUGAUAUAUUGGAUUUCCCAAAUGCUAAGUCCCUUGCAAACUAUCUAAGGUACCUCGACUCGAACGAUACAGCGUAUAAUAUGUACUUUGAGUGGAAGAAAACCUACUCGUCGGUGGAUGAAAGUGUUCCGAGCUGGAUUUGCGAUUUAUGCGAGUUUCUUCACAAGAAUCACUCACUAGACAAUCUUAAGUGGGAUAUAGGAAAAUUUUGGGGAGUAGAGAAGAACUGCCUGGCUGAUGAAGAAUACAUAAAAACCGUUUGGCUUAAGUCACAAAGCAAUUUAUGUUGUUUGGCUAGUUUUCGAAUCGUCAUUCUUUUUAUCGUAUUUUUUGUUAUAUUCUGAAACUGUAAUUAAAAGUAUUGUUGGUUGCCUGAGAAAGUUUUUGAUAAGGUGCAGAAAAAGGAYGUAAGGUAGAAAUAACUGAAUAUAAGGCAGAAAUAACUGGAUUCGCUCUGAUUUUAUAAACCCAUAAUCCACUUGGGUUGCAGGUGACGUCAUAGUCAAACAAMAAAUCUCGAUAAAAUCCAAUAUAUUUUUUCUAAAGAGCUCUUCUUACAGUAUAUCUUAAAUAUACCUCUAGAUAGUGUGUAUGC